GUCACUGUGGCUCACAGCUUAAUUACUUCAAGCAACAAUAAGUGUCUCAGUUGUAAUGGAAGGAAGACAGCGGGAGGUCGAGUCUCUGGGAGGAAGAGAAACAGAUCUAUCUGAGGAGCAGGCGUGAGCUCUCGGUUCAGGACUCACCACUUCACAAAAGGUGGAAAAAUCUUUCGCUGCAGAUGAAUGAAGUUACAACAGGAAAGCUUUGGCUGUUUGUUGCCGCUGCUUGAUUGGACUCUUGGGGACUGUUAAAGACCUCAUCGCAGCUGGAACAUUUUCCUUAUGGAGGAUUGAUUCUGACAGCUGCAGGUGAAGGAAAUGAAUGCACUGACAGAAUAACGGACAAACACAGAGGAAAUGUGGACUGACUGGUGAGGACUUGGAGUCAAACUUGCCAGAAAGCCAAGGGAUAUAAGGAAACAGAGACAAGUGAAAUCCUCUUGGUUCGGGUGCAGCAGGACUGUGCUAUGUUUCUCCCUGUGGUGGUUUUGCUGGUGCUCUUGCUGCUCUCUGGACCAAGGUCCUCUCUCCAGGGAGACACUCAGGAAAUCGGGAACAGUGAUGACAUACUUGAAAGAGAGUUUAUCUAUGCACCAAACCGGCAAAAACGUGCUGUGGUCGACCACAGUGCUGUCCAAACAGACAAAUGUUCCUAUACCUUUAUUGUCCCCCAGCAGAAAAACAACGGGGCCAUCUGUGUGAACUCCAAGGAGCCCGAUGCCCUGCUGGAAAAUCGUGUCAAUAAGCAGGAGCUGGAGCUGCUCAACAGCGAGCUGCAGAAGCACCGACGGCAGAUCGAAGCGCUCCAGCAGUUGGUAGAAGUGGAUGGUGGUGUGGUCAAUGAAGUCAAGCUACUGCGCAAAGAGAGCCGCAACAUGAACUCCAGAGUGACACAGCUCUACAUGCAGCUGCUGCAUGAGAUUAUUCGCAAACGAGACAACGCUCUAGAGGUGUCGCAGCUGGAGACCCGCGUGCUCAACCACACAAACGAGAUGGGGAGGCUCGCUGGACGCUACCGCGACCUGGAACAUAAGUACCAGCAUCUGUCAGCCCUCGCGAGCAACCAGAGCGCUCUCCUGGUGCAGCUGGAGGAGCACUGCAAGCGGGGAGGAUACUCGUUCGGUGUGGUGCAGGAGAGGAGCCGUCCUGUCCGUCCACAACCUCCUAUGAUCCCCCAGCCCACUCUGCAGAGGCCUGCACUGUCUCCUGGAGGCUACAGACCCUACCAUCCACCAACCUACACCCGCCACACCAACAACCCCAUGACCAACGAGAUACAGAAUGACCAGAAUCCCAAAGCAUUGCCACCUCCACUGCCCACAAUGCCAAGUGCCACAUACAGCUUCACAAAUGAGCCCUCUGGUCCUUUCAAAGACUGUCUAAAGGCUCUGGAGGGUGGAUACACCACCAGUGGCAUGUACCUUCUGAAACCAGACAAUGGAAACAAACUCAUGCAGGUUUGGUGUGACCAGAGACACGACCCCGGUGGAUGGACUGUCAUACAGAGACGUCAGGACGGCUCUGUCAACUUCUUCCGGAACUGGGAGACGUACAAGCAAGGGUUUGGAAACAUUGAUGGUGAAUACUGGUUAGGACUAGAGAACAUCUACUGGCUGACCAACCAGGGCAACUACAAGCUGCUGGUGACCCUGGAAGACUGGACCGGACGCAAGACCUUCGCAGAGUAUGCCAGCUUUCGUGUCGAAUCUGAGGCCGACUUCUACAGGCUUCGGGUGGGCCGAUACCAUGGCAACGCCGGAGACUCUCUUACCUGGCACAACAGCAAGCAGUUUACCACACUGGACAGAGACCAUGAUGUAUACACGGGUAACUGUGCACACUACCAGAAGGGAGGAUGGUGGUACAACGCCUGUGCUCAUUCCAACCUGAACGGCGUGUGGUACCGUGGUGGGCAUUACCGCAGCCGUUACCAGGACGGCGUCUACUGGGCCGAGUUCAGAGGAGGUGCUUAUUCUCUGAAGAAAGUGACCAUGAUGAUAAGACCCAAUGCAAACACCUUCCAUUAACACCUCAGUCAUUCAAAACUUAUUUUAGUAAAUGAACAUUUCCACCAAAGGGAUUACAUUUUUCUAUCAGAAAAACAGGCAUCCUUCAAUUGAACUUCAGUCUUUGCUUUUUUCUGUUUGUGGCUUUACUGUAUAUUCAUAAUGUAGCUUCAAAUGCAAAGCCUCACGAUAGAAUCCAAGCAGAAUUUUUUUAUUUUAUUCAUCCUACAGGUUUAGGUUUUACUUAUCUUGUUUGGGCUCAUAAAGCUGCAUUGCACACAAAUCAAUAAAAGCACACACAAACUUACAUUAAGAGUCUGAAAUAUCUUAUCUGUGUGGGCUUCUGUUGAUUUUGUAGUCAUCAAAAACUUCAAUGAAUGCAAUACAAUACAGAAUACAAUACAUAUGAUUUCUUUGUUAUGUAGAGAAUAAUUAAUUAAUUAUUAAUUAAUUAAUUAAUUAUAUAUUAAAGCAAAAUAGUAACAAAGGAAUUUAGGUAUCCUGAAAUCAAAACUGACUGCUAGCAAUAAACUGGUACUUUAGACUAUUAUUGGUGCAUAUAUAACAUAUAAUUAUGGAUGUACAACAUAUAUUGGGAUCAAUUCUACAGGAGAGAAAUCUGGUUAUUUAUUUUGAUACAAUUUUCUAGAAGGUUUCAGUAAAUAAUUUUCCAGGGUAAUUUACUUUCUAAGUCUUUUGCUUCUUAAUUUCAUCUAGUCUUUGGAUUUGACAAUAGCACAUAAAACAACGGAUUGAAGGAAUCUGAUUACUUAGACUGUGAACAAAAGUAGUUCAACAGGUCAUCUUUUCUUGAAUCUAAACCGGACAGGACUAUACAGCUACAUGCAUCACUGAAUACAAUGCAUAAUUCUUGAAUUGAAUUGCUUAUGUAGAUUGUAAAGAUUCUAUAAUGCUUGAUAAGUCUGAUAAAUCUAUAGUGAGAUAAGGGAGAUAUGAAGUUGCAAGAAAAACUGUCUUUGUUUCUACUAAUGGUGCACAAACAGCUUGUUCAGGUUUAUCUCCCAGCACUUCAUCCACAUCACCCGUUGAUGGGACCACUGUUACAUGAUCUUGAAUUCUUCUGAAGAAUGAUUUCAACAUUUUGGUACUGGAAAUUCUGUACUUAUAUUUUAUUUUAUGCCACAACUCACUCACUUUAACCAUGUUCUGUUCAGAAAGGUAUCUAAACUACGCAGAAAAAGUAGGGUAAUUGUGUUUGGUAGACUAUUAUGUUAUAACAAUGCUCAAAAAAUCUUAUAGCAUUGGAAAGCCUGUUUAUUUCCAUUUAAAAUGGUGCCACAUUUGUUACGAACAUGCAUUUGUGGGAUGAGCAGCAGAGCUGAGUAUGUGGGUUGCACCCAGUGUUUCCUCUAGGAUUUUUUUUUAGCAGCGGUGGCAGGCCUGUUCCCUACCGUCACGCCGGCAAACGUUUUACGUAUGAAACAGAAGUGACACUUCGCUGCGACACAAACAAAUAUAUUUACCGUUUUAAUGUUUCCAGCUGUUUCAUAUCAGGAUGUUGAGCUGAGAACUGAAAAGUUGAACGUUGUCCAAUUAAAACGGACCCACUGCGGUGGCGUUUUUGGUGGAGCUGUUAGUUUAAUAGUCGACUUGGAAGAAAGCGAACGUUUUAACAAUAAGCUACAUCAACACAACCGUAUGUGGAGUUAAAGUGGACAGCCCCAAUAACCUCUGAAUAGUUCUACUUGUUGUUAAAUUGCAAUGUGAGCGGCAGCCAACGGGGGUGCAUUAUGUCGGCAGGACCAUUGAAAAGGCAGCCGUGACUACAUUGUGCGUCUGCCCCAUUUCUGAUACCGUGGCGGCAGAAAUUUAACAAGGUGAUUGAAGUCUGAAGAGACAAGACAUAUUGGCAAUUUAACUAUUUAUUCAUUUAACAAACAGGAGCCUCAGUAGCGUGUGGAAGAACCACAACAGCCUGGCACCAUCUCCUCAUGCUGGUCGCACACUGCUGUGGGAUGGCAUCCCAUUCUUCAACCAGCAUUUGUCACAAGUCAGCCAACGUGUUUGUGUUGGUCAGUCUGGCACGAACAGCACGCCCAAGCUGAUCCCACGAGAGUUCAAUGGGGUUAAGGUCAGGACUGCUGGCACUCCCAAAUUCUGGAGGUAGUCUCUGAUAAACCCCGCUCUGUGGGGGCGAGCGUUGUCAUCUUGGAGUAUAGAGUUUGGCCCCAAACUGUGAAGAUAUGGGAUUGCCACUGCCACUAGUUGCAGAAUUUCAUCUCAAUAUCUCUCUGCAUUGAGAUUGCCUCCAAUGAUGACAAGCCUCGUUUAUUGGUACCAGAAGCUCAAAUUAAGAGUCUAUAGCAACAGCAAAGAAAAGCUGUUUGGCAUUGGCAGAGAAUAUUUGGCACAUUUUUCAUGGAUGCAACCCACAUACUGAGCUCUGCUGCUUAUCCCACAAAUGCAUGUUCCUUACAAAUGUGGCACCAUUUGAUAGGGAAAUAAACAGGCUUUCCAAUGAUAUGAGAUGUAUUGCCAAGAAGCAUUGUUACAAAGAAAAAUCUACCAAACACAAAUUUUCUUACUUUUUGUGCGUAGUUUGUUUCAAACAGCUAACAAGAUCCAACAUCUAAUAUGGACAUAGCAAAUUAGAUCCAAGCCUUUAAAUGUAGACAGAAUUCACACUGAACAAAUAUAAUUUUGUUGCAGGUAAAAGCAGCUACAGUACACUUAAAGAGAAACCAAAAGGUACAACUCAGUUAUUCCCUCUACCCACCAAAGGUCUCCUGGUCUGUUGAAAAGAUCAGUCACUGUAUUGGUGUAAAGAUACAGUAUGUACCAGGUACUGUGUAUAUAUAUAUAUAUGCUGUUUUAGUAAGAUUAUUUUUAUAGUCUGUAUGUUAUCGGUCUUUCAAUAAACUAUGUACAGCCCUG